AUGACUGAUCUCUGUCCCGUCUACGCGCCAUUCUUCGGCGCCAUGGGCUGCACAUCCGCCAUCGUCUUCACCUGUUUCGGUGCCGCUUACGGAACUGCUAAGUCCGGUGUUGGUAUUUGCGCAAUGGGUGUUCUCCGACCUGAUUUGAUCGUCAAGAACAUUGUUCCCGUUAUUAUGGCUGGUAUUAUCGGUAUUUACGGGCUCGUUGUUUCAGUCUUGAUUUCCGAUGGACUUAAACAAAACCUCGCAUUAUAUACUGGUUUCAUUCAACUUGGUGCUGGUCUCAGUGUCGGUCUUGCUGGUUUGGCUGCUGGUUUCGCUAUUGGUAUUGUUGGUGAUGCAGGUGUGAGAGGAACAGCACAACAGCCACGUCUUUUCGUCGGAAUGAUUCUUAUUUUGAUUUUCGCCGAAGUUUUGGGUCUUUACGGAUUGAUUGUUGCUCUUCUCAUGAACUCCAAGGCAUCUCUAGAUGUUUCAUGCUAAACGCAUCACUUCAUACAGAGAGAGCCUCGAGACAAUCUGAACGCACACCUCUCUUCUGCAACAAACUGUGAAUAUAUCAAUGGGUUAUAAUGAUGGCCUUCGGGGGUGGAUUCGGGAUGGAAGCUAUGAAUUGAACAAUUCAUGGCUAAAAAUAUAUGUAUUGUUGUUAUUCUACAAAUUUCGGCGUUUCCGACGUGCAUUAGAAGUAGAGUUGGAGGUGGAUGAGGGUCAAAUUGACCGUGUAUGCUAGUAGUUUCUAUUGUUGGUAGCAAUCAUAUGGUAUUGGGUUUUCAUUUCAAUACAGAGGAUCUCACAUA